CUGGGGGUCUGGUGGCUCUUACUUCUCUACCUACCUCCCCUUCUUGUGGUGGGCAUCCCCCCUUACCACCACCACCAUCAUUCCUCACCAUCUCCCCUCCCUCUCUGCCCCUCCCUUACUUCCCCUCUGCUCUCUCCUCCCGGCCCCUUUAAGUCCUCCUGGCCCUGCCUCCCCAGUGAUGCUGGGAUGGAGCAAACAUUGAUUUGUGCUGGGAUGGAAUCAGAAUUUUGAUUUUUUUUUUCCUCUCCCAACCAUAAGAAGAAGAAAAAUAAUAAUAAUAAAACACCCCCUCUUGAUAGCCCCCUCCUUCCCCAACCCGCUCCCCGCUCCUCUUCUCUCCCUCCAGCCCAGCAGAUCUUCUCGCUACACUAUUCCCAUCUCCCCACCCCUGCCCCAGCCUCGUCGCCCCCCCACUUCCCACUGCCUGCUCUUCCAGCUGGGGAGAGAAGGGACUUGCUUCAGCGGCGCCCCCACCUUCUCUCUCUGGGUUGGAGCAGUCUCCCCGGAAGGGGAGGGGGCUCGGCUUGUCUGGGAGAGGUGGGAGUGGAGGUACCCAGCCAUGGCUGCUGUGCCCGGGAGGCAGCCCGCGCCCCAGCCCACAUGCCGCUCAGGAUGAGGGUCCGGCCCUGUCAGCCCGCGCUGGGCACCCCCCGCCCGGCCCCCGUCUAACUGCCCCCGCCCCCAGGCCUCGCCCAGCUCCCAGGCCCCAGCCGGCUCUCCAGCCCCAGGAUGCGCUGAGCCGCCCGGGGGCUGAGGCCGCGCCAACUACAUGCAUGUCCCCCGGGGGCAAGUUCGACUUUGACGACGGGGGCUGCUACGUGGGGGGCUGGGAGGCGGGGCGGGCACAUGGCUACGGCGUGUGCACCGGGCCCGGCGCCCAGGGCGAGUACAGUGGCUGCUGGGCGCACGGCUUCGAGUCGCUGGGCGUCUUCACGGGGCCCGGCGGGCACAGCUACCAGGGCCACUGGCAGCAGGGCAAGCGCGAAGGGCUGGGCGUGGAGCGCAAGAGCCGCUGGACGUACCGCGGCGAGUGGCUGGGCGGGCUGAAGGGGCGCAGCGGCGUGUGGGAGAGCGUGUCGGGCCUGCGCUACGCGGGGCUCUGGAAGGACGGCUUCCAGGACGGCUACGGCACCGAGACCUACUCGGACGGAGGCACCUACCAGGGCCAGUGGCAGGCGGGCAAGCGCCACGGCUACGGGGUGCGGCAGAGCGUGCCCUACCACCAGGCGGCGCUGCUGCGCUCGCCCCGCCGCACCUCGCUGGACUCUGGCCACAGCGACCCCCCGACGCCGCCCCCGCCCCUGCCCCUGCCGGGCGACGAGGGGGGCAGCCCGGCCUCCGGCUCGCGGGGCGGCUUCGUGCUGGCCGGGCCGGGGGACGCCGACGGCUCCUCCCGAAAGCGCACCCCCGCCGCCGGGGGCUUCUUCCGCCGCUCCCUGCUGCUCAGCGGGCUCCGGGCCGGGGGCCGCCGCAGCUCCCUGGGCAGCAAGCGGGGCUCCCUGCGCAGCGAGGUGGGCAGCGAGGUGGGCAGCACGGGACCCCCGGGCUCCGAGGCCAGCGGGCCCCCGGCCCCCGCGCCACCUGCGCUCAUCGAGGGCUCGGCCACCGAGGUGUACGCGGGAGAAUGGCGCGCAGACCGGCGCAGUGGCUACGGCGUGAGCCAGCGCUCCAACGGGCUGCGCUACGAGGGCGAGUGGCUGGGCAACCGGCGGCACGGCUACGGGCGCACCACCCGGCCCGACGGCUCCCGCGAGGAGGGCAAGUACAAGCGCAACCGGCUGGUGCACGGGGGCCGCGUGCGCAGCCUCCUGCCGCUCGCCCUGCGCCGGGGCAAAGUGAAGGAGAAGGUGGACCGGGCCGUCGAGGGCGCCCGUCGAGCCGUGAGCGCCGCCCGCCAGCGCCAGGAGAUCGCCGCGGGCAGGGCCGCAGAUGCCCUGCUCAAGGCGGUGGCAGCCAGCAGCGUCGCAGAGAAGGCUGUGGAGGCAGCUCGGAUGGCCAAACUCAUAGCCCAGGACCUGCAGCCCAUGUUAGAGGUCCCAGGCCGCAGACCCAGGCAAGACUCAGAAGGUUCCGACACCGAGCCCUUGGAUGAAGACAGCCCUGGGGUGUAUGAGAAUGGACUGACCCCGUCAGAGGGCUCCCCUGAACUGCCCAGCAGUCCUGCCUCCUACCGCCAACCCUGGCGACCCCCCACCUGCCGGAUCCCACUGCCUCCUGGAGGCAACCGGGGACCCUUCUCCAGUCCCAAAGCUUGGCCUGAGGAGUGGGGGGGCCCAGGCGAGCAGGUGGAGGAACUGGCUGGCUAUGAGGCCGAGGACGAGGCUGGGCUGCAGGGCCCAGGACCCAGAGUUGGUUCCCCACUCCUUGGGGGCUGCAGUGACAGUUCUGGAAGUCUUCGAGAGGAGGAGGGGGAAGAUGAGGAGCCCCUGUGCCAGCUGAGGGCCACAGGAGCCCCAGAGCCUGAGCCCCUGGCCACAGCCAUCCUGCGGCACCCCUUCUCAGGGGCUCCUGAAGCCAGGUGCCUGACAGAAGAGCCUGAGGAGCCCGCUGCCACCGAGAGGCCUGCCCAGCCGGGAGCUGCCAACCCCCUGGUGGUGGGAGCCGUGGCCCUCCUGGACCUCAGCCUGGCGUUCCUGUUCUCCCAGCUCCUCACCUGAGGCUCCUUCUUGGCCUACUUCUGGCUUUUGGUCGCACCUCUUGGCUUCUUUGGCCUGCCUUUUUCUCUGUUCCUCCUUCUGGUCGGGUUUAUUUUGUUUUGUUCUUUCCCCUCUCCCCCGUCUCCUUUACUUUCUGUCCCCUCCCCCAUCUCCUUUUCGUCUCUGGCCUUUUCUUCUCCCUUCUCCUUUCAGAUUCUCUCAUUUCCUCUGGACCUGACUGUCUUCCUCACCCCCUCCCCCACCCUCCCUUUCUCUAGAUUGUUUACAUACGAAGGGCUUUUCUUGCUCAGAGUCAUUCUCCGCUCUGAGGCACACACACAUCUAAGUCAGACCAUUGCCCCCCACCCUCCCCUUUUCUUUCGACCUGAACUUUUAUGAGGGUGGGGGUCUGGUGUCCUGAGGAGUAUCCUGAAGCUGAGUGGAAAGGAGGAAGAAAAUGGACAAGGGGUGACCAUACUGGACGAGAUCCUGGCUGAGCUACUGUGCUCCCUGACCCAAGGGACCGGGUGUCCCUCCGAGGCCUAGUGUUAAACCUCCACGUGAGCCCUUGGAGGCUCCGAGCUAGGUUCUUACCUAACCUGAGCCUUCCUGAAGGGGCAAAGGGAAAAGCUAUUAAUUCCUCCCUGCUACUCUCCUUUGUCUCUUUCCUCAACAGCCUGUCUUUCUCUAGUCCCUAGGAUGGCACAUUACAUCAAGAGCAAUGUGUAGAGGAAAGAAAAUGCCCAGUGCAGCCAAGUCCACCCACUAGGCUUUCCCACCCUCCUCUCCCCCUCCCCUAUAUAUUCAUUUGGUUGGUCUGGACUCACUUGUGGCCUUUGAUUAAACUUCUAAGGGGGUCUGAAGAAGACAUUUCUACUGCAGAAGGUAAUCGUAGUUGGGGAGCAAGGACUCUACUCCACAACUCUUGAGAAUUGUGACUGGGAAAGGCAGACUGGAAAAACAGGAACUCCGGGGCCAGCAGAAGGUGACACAAGCUUUAGUAGUUCCACAGAGGGUCGGGUCCCUUCGGCCAUGGCACUGGGAUCUUGUGGAACUGGGAGAGGACAGGAGGGACCAGAGGAAGUCAAUAUCCCAAGUCCCAGGCAGGGUGGGGUGAGUGGUAGGUGGAGAGCCCUGUUGGUGGUUGAAGCUGGUAGUAGCUUUUCCCCUGGGAGCAGGAAGCCCUAGGAGUGGGGACUGUAGGGUCCCUGGGGGAAUCUUUCCUCCCUCCCCUGCAUGAGGCAGAGGCAAGCUGCCUGCCACCCCCCUCCCUAAGGAAUGGUCUUGCCUGGGAAUGCCCACCACAUCCUCUCUGUGUCGUUGUCUUCUUCUUUUUUUUUUCCCUAGUCAAACUGUUUACUCCCUGGCCUGCCCCCCCCCCCCUUUCCCUCUCAACCUUUACUUCUGAUUUCUAUUUCAUGGAAUUUGGGAUUGAAGAUAAACUACAACAGUGCCGCCAACACCAAGUCUUGCAGGAAAAAAAAAAUACAAAGAAAUUUAACAAAAAAAAUAUAUUAAUAAAAAAGUUCAAAACGGG